GCCUACAUCAAUGUAUUUCCUUAUUGAGGCCCCGAUUCGUCGCUAUUGAGACCCAAAUCCGUCACAGCGUGCCCGAAAGCCUGCGGUCAGGAAUGCGACCAACCAGUCCCUGUGAUGAGUAUAUAAGUCUAGCUCUACGGCAGUUUACUCCCUUCGGAGAAAUGCCCCAUUCUUCAUCUUCAUCCUGAGUUCCGCCUGUUCCGGAGUUCUAGAAGAGCCAGCACUUCUUCUGCAACUCUCCCUCGACCCUCACUGCCCACCAUGAAGGUCAACAUCAGGCUUCCGGCCGUAGCCAUCACCCUGCUUGGGCUCGGUCUGACCCAGACAACCGAUGAAUCCAUUCGGCAAAUCGCCAUCAUUGGGGCCGGGGCGGCGGGCUCAUCUGCUGCGCACUUUCUACAGAAGUUUGCUACUGAGGCCGGCGUCCAUGUGAACGUCACGCUCUUCGAGAAGACGGACCGCAUUGGCGGCCGAACGCGCACCAUUAACCCGUUUGACGACCCAGCUCAACGGGUUGAACAGGGCGCGAGCAUCUUCGUACAGGCCAACAGCAUCCUCAACGACGCUAUGUCCGAGUUUGAGCUCGCGCCCCGCGUGCCGGAUGAUGAUGCCGACCCCGUUAUGGGCAUCUGGGAUGGGGACCGCUUCGCCUUCACCCUCGAUCAGAGCGCUCCGUCCUGGUGGAAUACCCUUAAGAUCGUCUGGCAGUAUGGAGUCACAGCCCCACAGAGGGCUCAGCAGUUGACCACCGCGACCAUCACCAAGUUCCUUAACCUCUACGAGCCACCGUUCUUCCCGUUUCCGUCGCUUACCCAGCGAGUCCAGGAGCUUGAGCUCGUUGAGGUAACAGGGGUCACCGGAGAGGAGUACCUUGACGCAAAUAAUGUUGGUGCCCAUUAUUCGCACGAUCUCAUCCAAGCGAGCACGCGCGUCAACUAUGCCUCGAACCUCGCCAACCUCCACGGGCUCACCACCAUGGUCUCCUUGGCGGCUGAAGGCGCGAUUGCCGUCGAGGGCGGCAAUUGGCAAAUCUUCCACGAGAUGGCACAGAGGUCGGGGGUCCUAAUCGCUCUUGACACAGCCGUUGUCGGUAUCGAGAAGACGUCGGGAGGGGCAUCCGGCCGGACGCAGUACACCGUUCAAACAACGCCCGGAAGUACGCCGGGUGACCCAACCACGCAUCCUACCACUUUCGACAAUAUCAUCAUGGCAAACCCCUACCAGUUCAGUGGCAUUUCCGUUGGCGACGGGGUCCUCGAAACCCCCAUCGAACAGAUCACUUACGUGCAACUGCACGUCACCAUCUUUACAUCGCCGUCCCGCUUUAGCCCUCUGUUCUUUGACCUACCAGAGUCGGAGAAGGUUCCCGGCAUGGUUUUGACCACCCUUGCGCAUGAUGACACCCCGACGUCCGGUGCCGAUGGAGCUGGCAAAGCAGGCUUCUUCAGCUUGAGCAUCCUAGGAAAGGCUACAAACCCGCAGACUCAGCAGAAGGAAUACGUCUACAAGAUCUUCUCCCCCGAGGUUGUCACUCCAGAGUUUCUGAGCCGAUUGCUCGGUAGCACAGUUCCAUCGGACUUCACCGGCGCCGACAGUCCCAUCACAUGGUACACCCCGCAUGUCUUCAACUCAUAUCCCAAGGCGACUCCUCGGGUUACCUUCCAGGAUCCCAUCGUCGGCUCAGGGGUUUAUUACACGUCAGGCAUGGAGAGCUUCAUCUCUACCAUGGAGACAAACGCCCUGAUGGGGAAGAACGUUGCACGCCUCAUCGUCGAUGAGAUGAUGCAGGGUAUCGCCACGGUCAAGUCCAGGGAUGGCCUAGCGUGGGAGGACAAGCAGGCCAUCUUAGGCUAGAGAAACGGGGCGGCAUUGCUUUCUUUGAGCGAGUUGGUCGAAACGUAACUAAGUUAUGAGCGAUGAUAGGUGGCUUUUGUGUGAGAAUUGGGCGCAAAUACAGGUUAAUUCGAACUGAUGUUCCAAAUAACUCCAGAACUGAGGCUUCAAGGUCAGAAGCCAAGAAUCCCAAG